CAGUCUGAAUGAUUGACUUCCAUCUUUCAAAGUACAUGAAAUACUUUCCAACAAAACAAAAAAAAUAUAAAAAAUAUUUUGAGCUUUCGAAAAUUUGUAUUCGUAAUCAUAAAAAUGAACGCGGAUUCUGAUGUUUGUCCAAUCUGUUUGUGCCGCAAGCGGCGCAUUGUGAGCAUUCGAUGCAAGCACACAUUCUGCAAGAAUUGCCUCAAAGACUAUUACGCGAUUAGCGACGUCAAGACUUGCCCUAUGUGUCGUGCCCCCUUCGAGUAUUACAUUCGAGAAAGUUACGGGGCCAUAAGAAUAGUGUUUUUGAAUUAAUAAGAUCGCAGCUUCUCAAAUUUUGUUGUUUCGUUUCGUUAAUGUUACAUUUUUGGAUUUAUUGGAAUUUCCUGUUAUUUUUUUAAAUUGCACUUGGCGAAAAAGCGCUUAAAACAAAAAAGAAAAGAAA